UCUGACCAUUCUCUUCUUCUUCUUCUUCUUGUGCCAUCGCUUCUGGUUCAUAUACCCACGGGGUGUUACUAUUUCACAGUUACCCAUCUCUCAUUUUCUGACAACCUUCCAAACCCAGAUAGAAAUUUCCUAUCUUUUUUACUCUAUCUUCUGUUUUUUUUUUCACUCUGUUUCAUUUUUUAGGGUUUAAAGGAAGAAGCAAGAAAUGGGUAUGGGGACAAGCACUUUCGUCAUCAGAUGGGUCAAUCUUCUUACAAUGCUCUUGGCUGUGGCAGUUGUAAUCUUUGGAGUAUGGUUGAGUACUCAUAACGAUGGAUGCAGAAGGUCCCUCACAAUGCCGGUCUUAGCACUCGGUGCCUUCAUUUUUGUAAUAUCCAUUAUCGGGUUUCUUGGAGCGUAUAAAAGAAGCACGGUGCUUCUUUGGAUUUAUCUUGUUGUACUCUUGAUCAUUUUGAUUGCAAUCCUCGUCUUCACUGUAUUGGCGUUCAUUGUUACAAACAAUGGAUCCGGACAUGCUAACCCUGGUUUGAGAUACAAGGAAUAUCACCUCAAGGACUACAGCUCGUGGUUUCUGAAACAGCUUAACAACACCAGUAACUGGAAAAGACUAAAGAGUUGUCUGGUGAAAUCCGAGGAUUGUGCUAACCUCUCGAGAAAAUACAAGUCAUUGAGACAGUUGAAAUCAGCAGAGUUAACCCCGAUAGAAGCUGGUUGUUGCCAACCACCAUCUGAGUGUGGUUAUCCUGCGGUGAAUGCUUCAUACUACGACUUGAGCUUUCAUCCGAUAAGUUCCAACAAAGACUGCAAGCUUUACAAGAAUUCCCGGGCCAUCAAGUGUUACAAUUGUGAUUCUUGCAAGGCCGGAGUGGCUCAGUACAUGAAAACCGAGUGGAGACUGGUCGCAAUCUUCAACGUGGUUCUGUUCGUCGUCUUGUCGAUGGUUUACUUCGUCGGGUGUUGCGCGAGAAGGAACGCUGCUAAUUACCGUUCUAAAGAUUAGAAAAGAGAGAACGGUAAUCUCGCCGGAGAAAUAUUCCGGCACAUCUCCGGCAAUGUGUUCAAGACAGUGACGAGAGCAUUUGCAAGAUCAGAUCUUUUUGUAAGAAGCAAAGCGCUCCCCUAGUGAAACAAUGAAGACUCUAUUGAACAUGGUUAACCGGUUCGGAUUGUGAACCAAUUGAAUUGAGCAUUUGACAUUUGGUUGAGCCGUAUUUUUUUGCUCUCGUGAUAACUAUAUAUUUUUACCAUAA